GCUGCGGGAGAGUCUCUGCUUCCCCCUUCCUACCCGCUCCGCGGCGGUAGCUCAGGCUCUUCGGGGAGGGGGAGACAGAGAAAGAGAGAGACUGACUUAAUAAAGUUUCCUGAAACAACAACUACUACCAAAAAAGGCCCAAGGUGGGGGGGAACCCCCAUUCUUCCCCGCCCCUCUCCAAAAGCCUGAGGGACCGUUGCAGGUGGAGCGGCGCUUCGGGGGGAGCCGGGCUCCGGCGGGCAGCCGUUGCCCCGGCGAGGGGCGCCCAGGUCCUGCCCGCUCCGGUUCCGGCUCCUUCGGUGGCGGCGGCGGCUUCUGCGGGGCGGUUCCUCCUGUCAACUGCCUGCGCCCGCGCGCCGCCCGCCCGCCCAGCUCCACAGCGCGGAGGGACGCCGUGAGCCGCCGCCGCCGUCGCCGUCGCCUCGGGCCGCGGAGGGACGUGGUGAGCUGUGGCGCUUCCGCGUCAGCGGCGGCGGGGACUCUUUGGGAGCGCGUCGGGCCCGAACCCCGGUUCCCUUCGCGUGGUGUGCCGAGCCUGCGCCAGGUGGGGCCCGAAGCCGCCUCCCACGCCAGGCUGUCCCUGCGGCUGCCCGGCCUGCCUGCCUUCCUUCCGCCUGCCCGCCCUAGGAGUUAACCAAGCCGCAAUGAAGAGCUUCUUACAGUGAAAGGAAAGUCGGUCUCGCCCACUGAAAAUGCCUUUAAGGGACAAAUACUGUCAGACUGACCACCAUCAUCACGGAUGCUGUGAACCAGUUUAUAUCCUGGAACCUGGAGAUGCUCCUUUGUUACAGCAACCACUACAGACAUCCAAAUCUGGUAUUCAACAAAUAAUUGAGUGCUUUCGAUCAGGAACUAAACAACUUAAGCACAUUUUAUUAAAAGACGUGGACACUAUUUUUGAAUGUAAAUUAUGCCGCAGUCUCUUCAGAGGAUUACCAAAUUUAAUUACCCAUAAAAAAUUCUACUGCCCACCAAGUCUCCAGAUGGAUGACAACCUUCCUGAUGUAAAUGAUAAACAAAGCCAAGCCAUAAACGAUCUCCUAGAAGCCAUAUAUCCAAGUGUGGACAAGCGAGAAUAUAUUAUUAAGCUAGAACCCAUAGAAACUAAUCAAAAUGCAGUGUUUCAGUAUAUUUCAAGGACUGAUAAUCCUACUGAAGUCACAGAGUCAAGCAGUACUCCUGAACAGACCGAAGUUCAAAUACAGGAAACCAGCACUGAACAGUCUAAAACAGUACCAGUUACAGAUACAGAGGUGGAAACUGUAGAGCCCCCUCCUGUUGAGAUUGUUGCAGAUGAAGUUGCACCUACAUCUGAUGAGCAACCUCAGGAAUCACAGCCUGACUUGGAAACUUCUGACAAUUCUGAUUUUGGUCACCAGUUGAUAUGUUGUCUUUGUAGAAAAGAAUUCAAUUCCAGACGAGGUGUUCGUCGUCACAUUCGAAAAGUACACAAGAAAAAGAUGGAAGAACUAAAAAAGUACAUUGAAACGCGAAAGAAUCCAAACCAGUCCUCUAAAGGACGCAGUAAGAAUGUUCUAGUUCCAAUAAGUAGGAGUUGUCCAGUAUGUUGUAAAUCAUUUGCUACAAAAGCGAAUGUAAGGAGGCAUUUUGAUGAAGUUCAUAGAGGACUAAGGAGGGAUUCAAUUACUCCUGAUAUAGCAACAAAGCCUGGGCAACCUUUGUUCCUGGAUUCUGUUUCUCCUAAAAAAUCUUUUAAGACUCGAAAACAAAAGUCGUCUUCAAAGGCUGAAUACAAUUUAACUGCAUGCAAAUGCCUUCUUUGCAAGAGGAAAUAUAGUUCACAAAUAAUGCUUAAAAGACAUAUGCAAAUUGUCCACAAGAUAACUCUUUCUGGAACAAACUCUAAAAGAGAGAAAGGCCCUAAUAAUACUGCCAGCAGUUCAGAAAUAAAAGUUAAAGUUGAACCAGCAGAUUCUGUAGAAUCUUCACCCCCUUCCAUUACCCAUUCUCCACAGAAUGAAUUAAAGGGAACAAAUCAUUCAAAUGAAAAAAAGAACACACCGGCAGCACAGAAAAAUAAAGUUAAACAAGACUCUGAAAGCCCUAAAUCAACUAGUCCUUCUGCUGCAGGUGGCCAGCAAAAAACCAGGAAACCAAAACUUUCAGCUGGCUUUGACUUUAAGCAACUUUACUGUAAACUUUGUAAACGUCAGUUUACUUCCAAACAGAACUUGACUAAACACAUUGAGUUGCACACAGAUGGGAAUAACAUUUAUGUUAAAUUCUACAAGUGUCCUCUUUGCACUUAUGAAACUCGUCGGAAGCGUGAUGUGAUACGACAUAUAACUGUGGUUCAUAAAAAGUCAUCCCGCUAUCUUGGGAAAAUAACAGCCAGUUUAGAGAUCAGAGCUAUAAAGAAGCCCAUUGAUUUUGUUCUAAAUAAAGUGGCAAAAAGAGGCCCUUCGAGGGAUGAGGCAAAACAUAGUGAUUCAAAACAUGAUGGCACUUCUAACUCUCCUAGUAAAAAGUAUGAAGUAGCUGACGUUGGUAUUGAAGUAAAAGUCACAAAAAACUUUUCUCUUCACAGAUGCAAUAAAUGUGGAAAGGCAUUUGCCAAAAAGACUUAUCUUGAACAUCAUAAGAAAACUCAUAAGGCAAAUGCUUCCAAUUCACCUGAAGGAAACAAAACCAAAGGCCGAAGUACAAGAUCUAAGGCUCUUGUCUGAUAACUUCAAGUGAUGUACGAAAAGGUUUGGAGUUCAUUUUUGUGGAAAGACUUUAAAUUGGUGUUAGAACCACUAAACGUCUUCAAAUGGUACUAUGAGAAAAAAAAGGAAAAACAAUUUCAUAAAUAUUCGACUGUAACUGCUGUUUUCUGACUAAAAUAAUAACCAUCUAACCACUUGUUUCUAAGGCACUGCCUCUCCCAGCACUUUCAAGUAGCUGUGACAUUACCUAUUGUCAUCACAGUCCAUCAGCUAACCACCCUUGACCUUGUGCAUUUGGUCUACAGUUUCUACAAAAACGUUGCAAAGUUUGUUUUCCAAACAAUUUGUUGAUUAAAGCGAUCAACAACCUGAAGAAUAUAUAUCACCACUGGUGAUUUUUAAUUGACAAAAAGACUAUAUCUUAGUGAUUUUAGUUUUGUUUCACUUUAUUUGGCAAAAUUUUCAUCUGGAUUGUACAGAUAUAUUUCCUAGUGAGUGUAUGUUAGGACCAAAAGAGAAAUUAGUAUCAACAUAUUAUAAAUAUUUAGCCUACUAAAUAUUUGUAAUUAUUCUUACAUUCAUUUAUUUCUCACUUGUUCUCCAGCACUUAAAUGUUUGAAAGUUUCAUUCUAAAAUAUAUACUACAGGAAAGUUCCAGUUCAUUUUCAUCCAUGGAUCAUUACCCUUUUUAUUUGUAAACAUCUGAGGUUUUUAUGAAAAUUAAGCAUUCCCCUUUUUUUCUUUAAAUUUUAUACAAAGCACUUUAAUAAUAGAUGCAACUUAAUUUUUCAGUUUCUUUUUUUUUUUAAGACUACACGUUUACUAAUGUUAAUAUGAAGGUAGUAAAUAGCUUACUGAUAUUUUAUGGAUGCAGACAAUCCAUGCACAACGACUUCUUAUGAUAUUAGUUUGUUUCUUUAAAUAUUGCUAAAAAAGGAAAAUGGGAGUGAAACCCUGAAUUUUGUCUCCCAAGUAAAAUCUUUGACUACUUUAGAUGAUAUUUGAUUCCUACUGUAAAAUUUGGAAAAUAAUGAAUUCUUGUCCAUUUUUGUAAUCAAGAUUUUAGGAAAAACAGAAGUACAUCUAUCUUUAUGAAAUAUUGGGCAGGUUUUUGUGUAUCAAUAUUUUGUACUUUUUAGGGAAUAUUUUAUUUUUUAGUAAUUUUUGUCAAAUUAUAAUUUUAAAAGGUACAGCAGAGAAUAUACCAUGUUUUUAUAUAGGUUCACACCUGUACUUAGGAGGGACCCUGUCCAUCUAUAUACUUUUUGUAUAAAAUUUUAAAAUGUUGAAGAUCCACAAGGUCAUAAUAAAAUGCUUCUAUAGCUAGAAAAACAUUUACCCUUCCCAGUGCUUUGCACUAAAAUAUACUGUGAAAGGAAAGUAGAAAGACUGUAACUGUUGCUGGAAAUGUUCUAUAUUGAAUGUACAUGCUCUUGUUGGAAAAAUGUACUAUAUGUGAUGGAAAUAAACCAGACUCAAAGUUAUUUCAGCUAAAUGUGCUUCAACAAAGGUGCAUUGGUUGAAACGUAAAUGUUUUAUCAAAUUUAAGUUUAUUCAGUGACUAUGAGCAGCUACACUUGAAUUUUACCCUGAUAGUUUUAUUUUUAAGAAUUAGAGUGAUAAUUUCUCUUUAAUUUAAAAACAGAUUUACUUUUCCACAUAUGGAAAACUUGUACUUAUAGAUCUAACUUUAAUGAUUAAUAGCAUAAUAUAUUUAGGGAACUAAAUGUGUAGGUGGUAUUUCAUUUAUAAACCAUCUUCAUUAGUUGCACAUUAUUAAAUCUGUAUGUUUGACUUUUGCAAGGUGUUAUCUUUUAUGCAUUCUUACACACAAGACAUAUUCCAAAGAUAUUUUCCAGACUUAAGUGCCUACAACCAGUGAAAAGAUACGAGUAUUCCUAAAAAGCUGGGGUGGCUCUUUGCUGUAGCCUCUCAUCUGCAUGUCAGCCUCUUGCUCUCUACUUUACUUUUUAAAUACUGUAGGGAAAAAAAGAAAAAUAGCCUGAUGUGGGUGGAGGGGAGCCCAAUUGCUAGAGUUCCUUUACUGCAGCUCACGUAUUUCCACAGUACCAUUCACAGUUUGUCUCCUCUGUCAUAACUCCAGGGCCAUAGAGUGGGAAUUUAGAAGGCAGUAUUGAGGAUUCCAAGGACUGUCAAAAGGUUUCAUCUGGGUCAUAGAGGAAAAAAUAGCACUAUGUCAGGAUGUGUCUGUCUAAUUUAGAAUUGCCUGGAGAGAGUAGGAAUAUGUUAUCAUAGUAGACAAAUUAAUGGAUUAUGGCAGACGAGUUAGAGGCUAAACCAGGACAAGUUUAGAAAGGUAGGAUGAACAAGUAAGAAGUUACUAGAAAUUCUUUGUUCUUCCUAUUUCUUUCUGGUCUUCAUCCUUACUUUUUGGUUUUAUUUUGACUUCAUGAGCUCUGUCUUCUCAGAGGGCUUAGGCCUGAGGCUCUUAAGGUUUUAUAUUAAAACCUAUUUCGAGCUACAAAUUAUAUCUACCUUUGUUAUUUGAUCAAUUAAGUUUUCCUAUAGAAUACAACUCAUCUUGUUUCCUGAGAUACCUUCCACACCUAAGUGCAGUGGAAGAGGAGAAACAAUAAAAAGUAUGGCUUGCAUUUCAACUUCAUAAGUUUGGAUAGUGCAAGGGAGAGCUGCAUGGCUGACACUGGGCAAGUGUUCAGUAUAACUUAGAGAUAUACCUUCAAUGCAUAAUAACCUUUUUUGCUGUUGUUUUGUUCAUGUCUCUCUUUUUUCCCCUCUUUCCUCCCUACUUCAGGAAGAAAAGUUUCUUCUUGAAGAAUAUAUAUAUUCUUGCAGAAUAUAUAAAUUACCCAUCCUUAAUUUUUGGCCUACUUUUGUAGAUAGCUAAGUUUUUGGUCGACACAGAUUGCUGGUAUUAUUGAAAAGUCCCCCCCCCCCCUUUUUUUUAGGAAUAUGUAAUACUGCUUUAUGAUCUAUAGGCUGUUCUACUCAGUUUGCUUUAAAGAGCCUAUGGAUGCAGUAGCAGGGAGUUUUGUGGUUUUGCUAUGGUUUUAGACUGUGGGUAUGGACAGAGGAGUUUCUCAAAAGGUGUUAUGGCAAGAAGGUGUGGAGGUAGAGAGAGGCAUGAGUGGGUAUCAUUUCCUGUUGUGAAGUUGCAAAAGAUCUUUUCAAAUAACAUGACCACUGAAAAAUGCUUCUUAAACUUUAGAAAUUAGAUUUCCAGGUUUCCUGGAAAUAUUCUACAUCCUUAGGAGUUUUAGAAGCUACCUUUUUAAUGGAAUCUGAAGAUUACCAGGAUUCUGAUUUAGCUGUGGCUCUCAUAGUCAGUCAGAAGCCGAGCUCCAAGAUAUGGGCAGUAUGAUGUUGGCUCUUCUGUUGGACAAAAUCCUUCUGUACCCUGUGCUAUUUUUUCCUUCUCUGACUUUAACCAACUGAGCCACCCAGGCGCCCCUUUUUUUUUUUUUUUUUUUAAAGAUUUUAUUUAUUUAUUUGAGAGAGAGAAUGAGAGAGAGAGAGCAUGAGAGGGAGGGGGAAGGUCAGAGAGAGAAGCAGACUCCCUGCCUACCUUCUCUGACUUUAAAAAGCUAACAGAAACCUCAGGAUUGGAAAGGAGUAAGGAUCAGUGAUCCUUUUUUUUUUCUAAGAUUUUUAUUUAUUUAUUCAUGAGAGACAGAGAGAGAGGCAGAGGGAGAAGCAGGCUCCCAAGGAGCAGAGAGCCCGAUGCGGGACUCGAUCCCAGGACCCUGGGAUCAUGACCUGAGCCGAAGGCAGACGCUUAACCAUCUGAGCCACCCAGGCGCCCAGAUCAGCAAUCUUAAGAAUGGCUAUUACUUGUUUGGUUUCUAAGACAUUAGGCGCAUGAUAGAAUGCUGCUCACCUGCAGUUAUUUUGGCUUUUCUAACUUUGAACUUCAUUCCUCCUCUCUCUUAGAAUUUUUCUGUACCAUUUUACCCUGAGUUCUCUUUUGAAUUUCUGGCUCUUUCCUUUUUUCUCUUCUGGUUAAUUAACAGAGAUCAUUAGUACCAAGAUAGCCAAAAUGUUUUUUGAGAAGGUAAGAGGGUAGAAAGUCAGCUCAUUUCUUCCUGAAUCUUUAUCACUCUUAAAUUCUGUUUGUGGGUUUAUUAUUUAUUUUUGAACUGCUGCUUCUGCAUGUAUUCACUACUACCACACCACAAGCAGAGGGGAACAUAAUGACGACCAUAGUUGUGUCUGGUUGGGAAAAUGCCCAAAGUUGGAGGUUUUGCUGUUUGUGUCCACUCAGCAGAGUUAAUUUGCUUGAUUGUGUAUAUUUGAAGUCAGGGACUGUGUCUUGAUAAUUUUGUUUAGUGCCUAGCACAUUUUCAUGUAUACCCAGGCACUUCAAAUAAAAACUUGAUAAUGAUAUUAAAGUAAGUGAUAGCCUUUUCCAUCUUAAAAUUGUGCUGUCAUAUAUUUUGAGACUUUGGGUCUUAAUUUCAUAAACUUUUAUUACCUCCAUGUUGAUUUUACUUACUUUAGAAAAUGCUAUCAGUACCAAAAUGAGAGUUUGUCAUAAUAAACAGAACUCUUAGUAUUAGAUAGUAAUAAUGAACAUUCAUGGAGUGCUUACUGUAUGCCAAGCUCUCUGCUAAUCCUUUCCAUGCAUAAUGCCCCUCAUCUACCAAGAAGAUCCACCAGUAAAAUCUGCCAGUAAGAACUGUUACUUCAUUAUCUCUGUUUUAUAGAAUAGGAAGUUGAAGCUUAGAGAAGUUCAGUGAUUUACUUAAGAUCACUUAGCUAGUAAAUUACAGAAUUGAGACUUGACACUAGAUCUGACUACAAAGCAUGUGCUCUUAAUCAGUGGGCAUUACUUUUUUUUUUUUUUUUGCACAUUUUACCAUUUGCAAAGCACAUUUGCUCUAUUACCUUAUUGGCAGCUUGGUGUAAUGAUCUGGAGCUAGAUUAGUUGGUGAAAUUUUUGACCCACACAUUAUUUCCUGUGUGACUACAAGUUACUUAAACAUUCUGUGCCCUAGUUACCUCACCUAUGAAAGGGGAUAAUAUUUACCUCAUAGGGUUCUGAGGAUAAAAUGAAAAGUACAUGUAAAAUAUUUAGAGUAGUGUUCGGCAUGUUACAAUAAAUGUUAGAUAUGGUUACUGUAAGUGAUUUUCAUGGCAUUUUAAAAUGUGUAAUUUUUUUUAUUACCACUUAAAGUUUAGAUUGAAGGGGCGCAUUAGAAGAGAGAACUUUAUUGUUACACAUCAGAUUUUAACUGCUGCUGUGUAUUUAAUUGGGGUAAUGAAGACACUUAACUGUUUUAUUAUUUGCUGUCAAUUUUCUCCUGAUCAGGUACUACUAGUUUACCAUUCUUACUCACACUUUUCAUUUAUCUUGAAAAAGGUAUUAGGUAGUUGUAAGCACAUUCAUUUUGAGUUAGGCUUUAUUUUUAUGGUUACUUCCCAGAACAACCCCUCUGUCUUAAAAUUCUCCUUAGUAUCUUCCCUAUCACACGAAUAUUUUAUUUUUGGUCAUGUGCAGAAUAUUGACAUGGAACAAAUAUAAACUGAGUAACAUAGCUGAAAUGUUUCUAUAAAACAAAAGUGUAUGUGCAGUACUAGUUCAAAGAAAGCUUCAGUUACGGAACUAGUGGAUUCUUAGGGGAAGCACGAUUUGGGCCAGGUCAGGAAUUUCGUUGGUAAAUGUGUCAUGAAGAGAUAAGAAGUGGUGCUUUUUCAAGAGUCUUGCCACUGGUAGUCAUUAGUGGCAGUAUUCCGGAUUUCAGCUGAGGCCCAAGUACUGUUAGCUUCUCUGCUGAGAGGUUUUACCCACACACCUGACUGUUCUUGAUUUUGCUUUUUUAACAAUUAGGUAAUAAAAAUUUUAGUAUUUAGGGACUUGUAUAAUUUGCAACAUCAGAAAACCUUUGUCCCUAGGUUUGGAUGAACCUUCCUAUUCUGAACUUCAGAUCAAGUGCUGGGCUUCCAACACCCGUGUUGUGUGGCUUUUUAGUGAUUUUGAUACUCAAAUACUUGCGCCGGGUAUCUGGAGCAUAUUCCUGUCUCACGAAACACUAUAAUGUUUAAGGAAUAGAAUGAUGUGCUUGAAAAAACAGCCAAACCAAAAUAAACCAAAACAACCCUCACCCUGAAUGCUUGAGCAGUAAUAACUUGCAACCUGUCUGGGUGUCCCUGCUUUAUAUAAUCUCAUAACAUUUUCAAUACAAGAGUGUGUAAUGAUGUUAUGUCCAGAGGAAAAGUUAUUACACCAAAAUGAACCCCAAGUGCAUGGAACUGUUUUUACAACUCAGGUUUUGAAUAUUGGUUUUUAAUCUCUUCUAUCUGUGGGAUUAUCCUGAAAAUAAAUUAGCUCUGAGAAAUGGAACUGUGGCUUUUAGUCAGACUUUCUUUCUAAGCUGUGCAAAAGUAUUUUUUAAAGUAGCUGAGACUCUUGCAUAGAUUGCUGCUUUGGUAGACCUGAACCCCAAAAUACCUGUUAGUUGUGACUGGUAGCACUUAUUUUGGAUAGAAAGGAAAAGCCAGGAAUACUUUUCUUCUAAGAAAAAAAUAGUGAAGACUAGGAAAAUACUGUGUGCACAAGUGAUUGGAUUAUAUGAAAAAAAUUAUACUUUUAGGGAAAUGAUUUUUAUGUAGUUUUCUUGAGUUUUUGACAUAUAAGUUGUUAGGGGCGUUUUGUAUGUUUCUCUAGGAGAGUGGCUUUGUCACUUUCAAGCCUUUUGAUCAUUAGGUAUUUUUAGAAUUCCUUGGAAUUAAAUGUGUUGGGCAUUUGUAGAUGGUUGAGACUUUCUGAGCUUCAUUCUCCUUUCCUUUGAGUGAACAGGCUUCAAGGUGAUAAGAUACGCUAAUGGGAUUAUCAUUAAAGAUAGGCAAGAACACACAUAGUGAAAUUUAUGAGUAAUUUUCAGUAUGUCCUCAAGUUAAACUUUUUUCAAAACAUUCUCAUGUUUUUCCAAUUUGUCCUUUCUUUGCUUGGCCAUCUUGACUAACCAACUGUUGUUUCUUGUGAUAUGAGAGAACAAAAUCACUUAUUUGCCAUAAAAUUCGGACACAAACAGAACAUUGCACACACAAGAGGAAGAGAUGGUUUUGUUUUCUGUAACUUCCCUGGAUCGCUUCUUAAUCUCUAAGUGCACAAUUGUAAUGAUAGGAAUUGUUAAAUUUUAGGGUUGAAGAUGUUUCUUUGAAGGCCCUUUUUUCUAAGACAGUUAACUAGAGCUAAGUAACCGUGUCUUCAAAUCACAGAUGCUACAAGAUGGAAAUAAGACCCACAAUGCUUGAAUUACUACCCACCACCGAGUUUGCCUUGUCAUCUAACUGCAGGUGUGUGAGUGCAUGUGCACUCAUAUGUAAAAAUAUUGUACAACACUUUUUUUUUUUUUGGUUGCAGGCAAGACAGAGUUUUACUUGGUCUGUAGCUAGUAAUGAGAAGUUUAUUAGAUAGCUUUAUGUGGGGAAAUAAGGGAGAUUGAAGUGGCCAGACCUUAUGUACAAACUGGCUUCACCAUAUAGAUUUCAACUAGGUCUUAAUAGAAACUGGAAAAAAAAUGAAUGCAACUCUAGUGACUGGGUGUGGCCCUCUUAGCAGCAGAAGUAUUACUUCUGUGCUGCUAUUGGCCCUUUGCAGAUUCUGCUUUUACUUUUUAUUUUUAAAAUAAUCACCUCAUUCUGUAUCUUCUCUAUAUGGGUAUAAUUGCCUCAUUACUUCUGCUGCCUGCCUUCUCUGUUCUUCAGCUAACUUUCCCUCUGUAUAGCCUGAGUUCAGACUCCUGUAAGAGAAAAUCUGAUUGGUUGAGUUAGAUACAUUUCUUCUUGGGCAGAUCUCCCAUGCCGGGCCCCUAUAGGUUGUUGGCCAUAAGUUGCUCUUCAUAGAUUGGCUGCUCUUGGGAUAUGUGCUGUCCGUUACUCCUGUCAUUGGUGAUCUUGGUGGAAGUCAGUGACAUAAAACAUGCCCAUGGACUCAAUAAAAGGCAUCUUGGUGGGAAUCUUUUAGAAGAGGGAUCUGGAUCCUAGGGCGCCUGGGUGGCUCAGUUGGUUAAGUGACUGCCUUCGGCUCAGGUCAUGAUCCUGGAGUCCCGGGAUUGAGUCCCGCAUCGGGCUCCCUGCUCAGCAGGGAGUCUGCUUCUCCCUCUGACCCUCCCCCCUCUCAUGCUCUAUCUCAUUCUCUCAAAUAAAUAAAUAAAAUCUUUAAAAAAAAAAAAAAAGAGAGGGAUCUGGAUAGUCCUAGAAUGUAAUCAUCUUUCUAGUACACAUGAUUUUCUUCCAUUUUAAUGGUGAUAUAAUUAGAUAAAGGGGAUUAAGAGUACACUUACUGUGAUGAGUGCUGCAUAAUAUAUAGAAUUGAGUCAUAUUGUACAUCUGAAACUACAUAGAACACUGUAUGUUAAUUAUACUACAAUUAAGAAAAAAAAGAGUUGGUAGGUACCAGAUUCAUGGUGUGAAUCUAUUUUGCUCUGGGGGGGAAAAAAAAAAAACCCACCCCAAACCCCAAAAAGGUGAUAGAAUUAAAGGUAACCUGGGGGUUUAACUUGUAUGUCAUACAGCACCAGUCCUUUCCAUACUGGGAAAAUGUGGGAAAGAGUUUUCUGAUCAGCAUCUGCAGUUCCUUUUCUGAACUGACUGGUGGUGUUUUCAUCUUUGGCUUUGCAGAUUGAUAUAGCCUGAAGUUUUCACUCAGAAAGAACCAUUACAUCUCCUGUAACAGCACAUUAGGCCAUUCUGUCAGUUGCGGCCGCUUUCCAGACACCUCCACCUCCAGUUAUGCUGCACAGUUUGAGUUGGUGAUUUAGUGAAUCCUUAAUGUAUUGCUUCUGCUUUUCCACUUGUAUUUUCCAUAUUUGGGUUCACUUUGCAAUAGCUGCUUUAUAUCCUUUCGUUCAGUCCUUCAAUGACACAUACUACUGAGUGUCCAUCAUGUGCCUGGCACUAUUCCAUUCUUUGGGGAAACAGAAUCAUACAGUGAUUAAAGCAUGGAUUUUUAAGAAUCAUGCAAACCUGAGUUCAAGUCUGGCUCCUUAAUUCACUAGUUACUUAAUCUUUCUAAAUUUCAGCUUUCUUGUCUGUAAAAUGAUAAUAUUAGAGACUACCUUAUAGGUAGUUUUUUUGUGGGAAGUUAUACAAAUUUAGUGAUAUAUUGUAUAUAAUAUAGUUAGCACAAUGCCUCGCUCAAGUAAGAGCUCAAUAAAUAUGCAUUAUUACUGUUGUAGUAAUCACUAAAAUUGUUAUCAAUUUGCUGCUGAAAUACUUUCUAGCACUUAGUUUCUGGUUAUCUUGCUUUGUCAUUUGCAGUUCGUUGCCUUUUUGUUGGCAUUAAUCCAACCGUUUAAUGAAAAGUCAGAUGUAACAUCUGUGAUAAAGCCAAGAUACACAGCAGUUUAUUAAGUUAGAACAUACUAUUUCAUGGGUCUUUAAUCUGCCAUUUCUGAUAGCACCUUUUGCUGAUUGUUGAAGAAUUUGUUGAACUUUUCAUAUAAUUUUGCUUUGUGGUUAAUGUCUUACAGAAGCAUGUAUAGUUUGAGUAGCAAAACUCAAAGCAGCUUUCGGUUUUAUUCUUUUGUUGUAAACAUUGGCUGUGGGUACAUGAACAUACUCUUGAUUUUAUAAGCAAGAAUCGUAUCUUCUCUUUGUGCCUCACAGUGUACCUGGCAUAAAGCAGGUGCUAAGAGAAUGUUGAGGGAAGGAAAACGGGGAGGCAGGAACAUUACAUCAGUUAUCUUCAGGCUUAUCAUUAGUCCACACUAUAUCUCAGCUUUUAGAUUUUUCUUAACCAUUACCUCAUCUUCUGAUCUAUAUAAUUUCUCUACCUGUGAGUUCUUCUUUGUUUCUGUUGGCUUCUGUUGUCGGCCUUCUGUGUGUGAGCCUCUUAGCUUCUGUCAUUGCUGCUCAGGAAUGGUGACAGAUUCAAACUCAUGGGAGUGCUGUAUUGGCUGUAUACACUGUAAGUAAUCUAUAAUCAAUUGCACACUGUAUGGGUGUACAUUUAUUGAUUUUUUUGGAUAAUUCCUUUAAAGGUUUACUUUAGUUUAAUUCAUACCUAUCGAAUUCUUUGAAGUGCAGCUCACAUUUCACUUCCUGUUCCAACUCCCAGAUCCAAACAAAAAGCCAGCAACUAAUUGUUGAUUGCUUCUUCUGUCAUUUGUGUAAUCGUAGGAAUUGGAAUUGAUUAAUUAGUUCAUUUGUCUGAUUCUCACAUUGCCUACUUCAGAACUUUUGCACCAUCCUUAAAACCCCCAACUGUGUUUUUGGUUCCUUAAUAAGCGCCGUAGCCUGUAUCAUGGCAAAAGGUAGAGGACAUUUCUUUAUGUUCCCCUUCUGCAUCACAAUUAUUUUUUGUCUUCUCUUCCUGCUUUGGUUCUUUACAGAAAGAACUGUUCUUCUUUUCCAAGUCCAACACUUACACCCUCACCGAUCUUUUUCCCCAAGACCUUCCUCCAACAACCCUCCUCUGUUUCCCCCUCCCCAUCUUCUUCCUUUCCACAAGCUUCUCCCCCUCAGCUCACAAACAUGCUCAAAUUCCUUUCAGCCAGAAAGUAAAUUUUGCCUCCAUACUAUCGUCUAUCUAGUUACUGCCAUCUGUUCCUCCUUCCUUUCACUGUCAAGCUUCCAUGUGCUUUCUUACUGCUCUGUUUUAGCACUAAUUUCACUGUAACUGUCUAUUUCCUUGUCUUCUUUCUCCUUUAGACUGUAAAGCUCUUAGAUCUGUGUCUUGAUCACCAUUGAUUGCUCAGGGCCUAGGAUGUUUCCUGCUACAUAGUAGGCAUUCAAUAAACACUUGUUGAAUGAACGAACAAUUUGGUGUCAUUCCUAUACCCUUCACUUGUGAACCAUUGGCAAUUUUUUUCUACCCCUACAUUUCUAUUAAAAGUUCACUUGAAGGGCAUCAAUGGCCACAUAAAUGCUAAGUCUUGUGGCUUCUUGACCUCUUCAUGGCCAAUAGUGCUUACAAAUUUACUUUUCCCAGACUUUUAUGGUCACUUAUAACUGGGUCACCUUGGGCUAGUCUCAGCAUGGUAUUGCAUCCAAAAAAAAUUGGGCCCAAGAUUCUUUGGAAAAUAAUGCAUGUAUUUCCUAUUUUACAGAAAUUUUUAAAGGAGAUAAAAAGGUACAAUUACAUAAAGUUUAGUAAACUUCAUACAAGUUACUUUACCCAUCUCUCUUCCCACAUCCUCAUAUAACCUGGCAGCUUCCUCCAGUCUCUUCUGUAACAUUUCCCCCCAAACCUUUUGUAAAGUUUUUACCAAAAAUCCCUUGUUCACUUUCCCAUCUUACUUUCUUCCAAGAAUAAUGUUUUCCAGUUUAAAUCACUUUAGCCUCUCAGCUUCUUCCAGUUCUUUUCUAUAUCCAUUAUCUUGCUUAGCAUUCCAAAAGUCUAGAACAGUCUCUUGAUUUCAUCGGUUUGCCCUUACCAACUCUCUUUGCAUGAUUUUACCAAAUCUUGAAGCUUUAGAUCAGACACUAUGUCCUUCAGUGAGUAUUUCCUGACUUCCUAGGUUUGGCUAGGUUUCCCCCUUGUAUGUUUCUAUAGUGCCCCAUCAAUAACUAUAUUGAAGUGACCUAUUUGUGCCUCUUCCUUCGGCUAUAAGCAUCUUCAGGGUAGGGCUUCUAUCUUUUCUUUAUGCCCCCAGCAUCUAUCAUAGCACCUGGAACAUGGUGGAUGUUGAUAAAUAUUUACUGAACGGAUGCUCCUGUGAACUCUGAUUCUUUCUCUCUUGCCACUGUUACUAGGCCUUUAAAUAUGGAUCGAAGUUUCCUUAGUCUUUUUUUCUUUUUUUUUUAUACUGUCUCAGUGAUCCUUCACUUCCAAAGUAUCAGUUAUCACUUCAGUGAAGAUGACCCCAGACCUAUUUUCUAGCCUGGCUAUUCUCCUGAUUAUAAGAUCAUUUGUUUUCCAAGUUGCAUGUCAUACAUCUCUGGAUGGAUGUUUCUCUAGGAUCUUAAAGGCGACAAAAACUCAGUAAACUAAACAUAUUAUCUUCACUUUAAACUUGUUCCUUCUUUAUGUGUUCCCUGUCUCAGUUAUUCAUACUCCUGCCCUCCCAGUUGCCUAGACUAAUUAGAAUCCUAGGAAAUACCUUGACUUCUUUUUUUCUCUCUUACACUCUUCGUCUAAUCAGUGAUCAAUGCCUGUCCAUCCUGCCUUUGAAUGUUUUUUACAUUUGGCUCUUGCCAUCUCCAUGUUUAGUAGUUUAAUUUGGACUCUUAUCUUGUACCUACACUGUUGCAUUAGUCUUGUAACUGACCUCCUCUCUAAUCUGCCUUCCAUGCUGCUGUCAGAACUAUCUUCCUAAAACACAGAUCUGCUGUUACUGUCUGUUCAUCACUUGACCGACUUAUUCUCAUGUCUUGGCUUAAUUGUCACUUCUGAAUAAAGACAACCUAGGGUCACCUGAGUGGCUCAGUCGGUUAAGCAUCUGCCUUCGGCUCAGGUCAUGAUCCCAGGACAUGGUACCAAGUUCCUGGGAUCGAGUCCUGCGUCAGGCUCCCUGCUCAGUGGGGAGCCUGCUUCUCCCUCUCCCUCUCUUUCUUGGCUCUCUCUAUCUCAAAUAAAUAAAUAAAAUCUUUAAAAAAGACAACCUAAAGUAUGUCUUCCUUGUAGUUCUGUUUCAUAUUCCUUCUUGUCAUCUAAUACAAUUUGUAAUUAUGCUUGUAUUUGUCCAUUGAUUUGUUUAAUGCCUGGCUUCCCACUGGAGAGAUUUAUGUAAGAGACGAGGAGAGUUAUGUAGACCCUGUGCCUAGCACAGUGCUUGGGACAUAGUUAUGCUUUGAAAAUAGAUGUUGAAUGAGUGGAUGGAUGGUAGCUUACCAGUAUAGGCAAACAGGAGAUAGCAAAGGCAGAGAAGUUACAGGGUCCUAGACUCUUCCUACAUUCUCAGAGACCUUGGUCUGUAGUUCUGGCUUUUCUAUAAUAGUAAUGGGCUUCUCCCUUCUGUCUUUUGCAUUUAUUUCUACGAGGAUGGGAGUCAACAGUUACAUUACCCCACACUCACACUAAUGCUGAUGUGACUGCAGUUGAUUUGGGGGCCAUUGGGUGGUGGCAGCUAGAUUUGUUUACCUAUUAUUGAUAGGUGGUGCCCUAGCAUGCAGGCAAACAGGUAUUUGCUAGGUCAAGUUAACCCAGAUUCCUUUUUAGCUUCUUGAGUGAUGCAAGCCUUUAUAACACAUAUUAAUUAAAGUGUUUAUUACCUGUAGGACUAGUUGUAUUUGAAAUGAGCUAUUUAUUUGCCUUUUAAAGAUUGAAGAUUUCAAUUUAACAAACUUUUAUUGAAUAGAAGCUGAAAUAAAUGGUUUAAAAAUAUUAUCUAGGUAUAGAUCAGUGAUAAUAAGCAAAUUAAACUUUGUUUGCCCCUGUGAAGCCUGCUCUGGUAUCAAAAGUCAAAGAACUUGAUGCAUUUUGUAGGUUGACUGGUUUCAUCCAUUCAGUAGGCAUAUUGAGCUCCUGCCUUGUGUGAGGCACUGAGUUAGGUGCUAGGGUUACAGAGAUAAGAAACAGUUCCUUUUCUCAAGUAUCAUAGAAGAAGAACAUAUUAUAAGGAUACACAGAAGUGGAAUAUUAAAGCACACUGAGGGUUGGGGAAGGCUUUUCAUAAUUCUUAAAUUUGUUCUUGAAUUCAGUUUUGAAAGAGUUAGGUUAGAAAAACUUCCAAGUGGGUACAGAAACCUGAGACCAUGUGUAGACCAAGAGAAGGAAUAUGAGACAAAGUGAUGGCCAAAUCAAGAACGAAAGAUCUUUUGUACCAACUAAGUAGUUUGAAUCAUAUUUUGAAGAUUAGGGGUAGCUGUUGAAAGAUUUGAAGCCGGGGUAUAUGAUAGCAUUGAGGAGAUUGAAUUGGGGUGGGGAGUAAGAUUUGUGGUGGGGAAGUCAAAUAGAAGCCAGUUUCAGAAAUCUAAGUAGGAAGUGAUAAGGGCCUACAUUUAGGUAAGGCAAUGAAACUGGGGAGACAGGUAUGGAUAUUAUAAUUAUUUUGGAAGUGGAAUUUUCCAGGCGGUGGAGAUGAAUAAGGAAUUGAAUAUGAUUGCCAGGUUUGAAAAUUUUGGUUGGGCAGGUGGGUUACACCAUUCUUCAAGGUAGAGCACACAGGAGGAGGAACACUUUUCUGGGGGGAAAUGUUGAAUUAAAGUUUAGAUGUGUUGAAUUUGAGGUGCUGAUGGAACAUCUCAUUGGAGAUGCUUAGUAGGACCAGUAGAUCCAGACUAGAGGGCAAGAGAGAGAUUGUCCGGAGGCCUGAGAUUUAUGAGUCAUUAGUGUAUGUGUAUUUUAAGCCCUAGGUUUUGAAGAGGUUACAAAGAAGAAUAAAUAGAGUCAGCAUAUCAUACUACUCACAUUCUUCUGGUUUAUUGUGUAAUUUAGGUCAGUGCCUUUCUAUUUCAGUUUUGCAUUUGGGAAAUGAUGUUUGGCUAGCACUGAUUGUCCGGCUGCCCCACCCACUGCUACUUUCUGCUGCCAUGUGAACAGUCUAUAAUGUAACAUGUAUUUGAUAAUACUCUAAGAAGUGCUGGAUAAUUAAAUUGUAAUACUGUGAGGCAAUGUGAACUAACCUGUGUUUUGUUUAGAGAGCUUUACAGAAAUCUGUAAGACCUAUUUUGAAAGAUUAACCUUAGAAAGGAAAUACCUUAUUUUUAAAAAUAAAACUACUAGUGUUACUAGAACAAGAACUGCUUGUUGAGUCCUAUACCUUGGAUAUGUCCAGGAUUUGUUUGUGAUUUAGUCCCUUUUUCUUUCUUCCUUCCUUCCUUCCUUCCUUCCUUCCUUCCUUCCUUCCUUCCUUCCUUCCUUCCUUCCUUUCUUUCUUUCGAGAAGGGGAGAGAGAAAAGGGGCUCAGGGAGGGGCAGAAGGAGAAAGAGAAAGAGAGAAUCUUAAGCAGGUUCCAUGUCCAGUGCAAAGCGCAAUGUGGGGCUCGAUCUCACAACCCUGAUAUCAUGACCUGAGCCAAAAUCAAGAGUUGGAUGCUUUACUGACUGCCACCCAGGUGUCCCUAGUCCCUAUGCUUCUGAUCAAGGCAGAAACUAUUUCUGAAAACUAGGAGGAAGCCAUCUCACUAAACUAAUAGGAUCUGACAUAAUCCAUAGGAUAAACUUAACUUAGUAUCCACAGCCAGAAUCUAAGGGGGAAAAUGUGCUGUUAAACCCUGAACAGAUGAUUGAAGUAUAUUAAUUUUACUUUUCCAAGCUGCACUUUUUGGAUAGGUGAAUAUUUAAGAUAACAGUUAAAAAUUAGGUCCUGCAUUGUCAUAUAUGUUCCUCUGGCCCUCACUGGUUUCUCCCAAUUUCUUUUCCUUCUUUUCUGAAUGAAGGUUUAGACCUUGCCAUCUAUAUAGCCACUAGAGCUCUCCACAGGUGGUUUUUGUGCCCUCAAAACUGACGUGAAGCAGCCUGUUUACCCUGCCCAGGCCAGUGGAUACUGAGGAGGGUAUGCAGAAUGAGUUUUAAGAAGUCAGCCCUGCUUGGGCUUGAAGUCAGUGAUUUAAUACUGAAAGCACAGGUCUGUAUACCAUUUGAGCUAUCCAGCUGUUGAUUAACUUUUAAAAUCUGCCUUUAAAGGGAAGAAUUCCUGGGAGACUAUCUGUAUCAAGUUUUAAUAGAGUGAAUUUUAUGGAUGAGUUAUGACCCUUAAAAACUGAAUUCAGUGGGGUGCCUGGGUGGCUCAGUCGGUUAAGCGUCUGCCUUCGGCUCAGGUCAUGAUCCCAGGGUCCUGGGAUCGAGCCCCGCAUCGGGCUCCCUGCUCCGCGGGAAGCCUGCUUCUCCCUCUCCCACUCCCCCUACUUGUGUUCCCUCUCUCGCUGUCUCUCUCUCUGUCAAAUAAAUAAAUAAAAUCUUUAAAAAAAAAACAAAACUGAAUUCAGUAAUAGAAAUGCUGACAGACUUGAACUAGAAGAGGACAGCUAUAUUAUAGUCUUAUAAUCUGUAGUUAAAUGAGAAAAGAAACUUUCAAAGUUUUCUGUUCUAAUGCUUUAAAAACAAUUUCUUUUUCUUGUUAUUUGAACUUUAAAUUAAUAAUAGGCAUUAGCAUAAACCUAAUAUCCAUGUCAAAAUAACACAAGGCACAUUGCUGUAGCACAGAAUUAUUUUAAAUCAUAAACUUUUAACUAAUACUUGUUUCAAAUCUUCUUUUCUAAAUAAAUUUGUUUUUAAACAUAUUUUCUUUCCUGGCAAGCCUCUAUAUACCCAUUCUCACCUCAGUAAAUCACUAAGAGAUUAUUGAAUAAAGGUAAUUUAUGUAUUUAGGCACUUGUAGGAUUGUAACAAAAAUGAAGAGUGGAAUAGAAUUUUAGAAUAUAUAUUUUCUGCAUUGAGGACUUCAUUUGUUUAAUAACCUUCUUUCUAUUUGUUGAUAUUCUUUCUUGCCCUAUGCCAACAUCUUAGAAAUUUUAUUUAGGAAUUUCUUACAAAAUUUAUCAUGUUACAAUAAUACCCACAGAUUUUUUAUCCAUAAGACAAUACCUUGAAUUUAUAUUCUGUAUUAUGCCAAAAUUUAUUAAGUGGUUUAAUAUGCUUUUAGCUUUACUAGAUCACUGAGAGAUAGAGGGUGGCUUUUUGUUUUGACAUUCUUUCUCAUUUAAUAAAAUCCACAGCACUCUAUUACAUCAACUAGACCCAGUUCACAGCCUUAAUCAAUAGAAAAGUAAAACUGGCAGCUCUUGAUUUCCUGGUUUUGUGUAUCUUGGGUGGAGCUGACUCCUGAGUAUGAAGGUUGUGAUAGGAAAUGAUGCUAGGUACUUGCAAGAAAAUACUGGAAGAGGCUUGCCAAACAUCCUGUAUAAGUAUGAUUUGCUCAUACCUCAGAGCCCUGCCCUAUUAAAAGUUACAUCUAGAUGAAUAUUGAUCUUAUAUUUGAGCCUGUUCAGUCACUUUUGACAUCAUACGAGCCUGGCAUCACUCCUCUGUAGUAGUCUGUGGAGGGAGUUUGGCAACCUAGUAUUUGAAAUUAAUUUCCAACAGGUUUUGCAAAGUUACUAUUUAAAGUCAGACUGUGAUUAAAACUAAAUCCAUCAUUCUGCUCCCAGCACUGACUUCCCUUGCUUACUUUAUUCUGCCCAUGCUUACCACCACCAUUUUGCUUCUCACACAGAUUUCAAAAUCCUGUUUCUUUUAUGAAUCUGUUCUUGAUAGCUCCAACCCCUGGUGAUCUCUUCCUCGGAUGAACUCAUGACAUUUACCUUACCACUCAUUUUGCACUCUCAUCCUUUGUGUUAUUAUUGCAUUAUUAUUUAACUAGAAUGUCCCCAAGAUUAGACUCUAAGCCCGUUGAGGCCCAACAGUCUUUCUCUGCAGCAUCAUGAAUAAAUGGAUCGCCAGGCCUCUUCCUCUUCUCCGUUCUCCAGAUGUCAGUUUGGGUUUCUUUCUUUUCAGGGUCCUCUUCAUGUCUUACUUUGGCCUAAACUUUUAUUGUUCUCCACUUGACUUCUCUGGUUCUCUUAGUAUCUUGUGUUAAUGAAGAUUAUGAAUGAUUUUAGGAGAUUCUUGGGCUAAUUUUAUGUGAAUAGGGGGUGAUUUUUCAGCCUUUUUCCUAUCACAGGAUCCAUUUUUUAAACUCUGCUACAAAAAUUCUACCCUUUUACAAUUAUUUUUAGUAUUUAUUCAUUUAUCAAAAUAUAUUCUGGAAGUCUGUAUUUUAGGAGCAAUAGUUUAGAUAUAUAAAAAAGGAGGAUUAACCGGAAACAAAGAAGAGAAACACUGUUGAGUUGCCAAACAUGAAUUUUAUUCCCAGACUCACUUUCUUGCUAUGGUGCUUUUUUUUCCCUUAUAGCCUCAUGGGAACAGAGCAGGCAGAAAUGUAAAUAAUUAUAAUAUCGUGUUAUAUAAGUCACUGCAAAGUAAGGUCUUACAAUUAUUAUUAUUUUUUAGCCACCUGGCAUUUUGUAUGUGCCAUCUUUUGAGGCAUAAUUCUGUUGAAUUGCACAUGGGGACUCUAGAGAUUUAGUAGAACCUCAUUUUAAAGUGGAGAAAGUUGAGGUAAGUGAUUGCACCAGGUCACAAUGUAGUUAAUAAAGAAGUCGGGAAUAGAGGCCAGCUAUCUCUUAAAGAUUAUCUUAGUAGGUAAUAACACAUACAUGUAAAAAAAUAAAACAGUACGAUGAGGUGUUCUGUGAAAGGUAAGUUUUUUUCCUAUCCCAUCUCUCUAUUCCCUUAUUCUCUACCCCAGAGUCAAAUUACCAGUUUCUUGGGCUUUCAAGAGCUGUUCUAUGUAUAUAUAAAUAUAUAAAUGUAUACAUUCCCCUUGAUGAAACUGGUAGCAUGUUUGUAUACACUCUUCUGUACCUUUUUUUUUUUUUACUUUUUUUUUCCCCCACAUAGCAUAUGUCUGAAUUCUGUAGAACCCAGAUAUUUGUAUUCUUUGGUUCAUGAACUUUCAUUUUACUAUACUGUCUGUCAUUUAAACAACCAGUUUUUGUUCAUGUGAAUGGACAAGUCUUAAAUUAUUCUUUGUUUCUAGUAUAUAUUGAAUUCCUCAUGUGACCAUAAUGUAGUAUUUCACAUUACUUUCAGAAAGGAAUCAUGGUCAUUGAUUUAUUUUAUGAUAAAUGUUGAAGUUAAAAAAAAUAAGUGAAAUAUAUAUAAUAAUUAUUAUUGCUAGUAACCUAAAAUAGCUGAUUAGGAUAUUUGCUUUUCCAUUUGAGAAAGAAAUGACAGGCAAAGUUUUCAGGAAAGUGAUUUACCUUUAGACUUGUGUAAAAAUCUGUUUGGUAUGUACAAAACAGUUUCUCAGUGCCAGUGAAAAGCAAAAGCAAUGAUGUUAUAAAUAUCAAAUCACAAAUGUUUAUUUUAUAAAUUCUUUUUUUUAAACAUUUAUUUAUUUGACAGAGAGAGACACAGCAAGAGAGGGAACACAAGCAGGGGGAGAGGGAGAGGGAAAAGCAGGCUUCCCGCCCAGCAGGGAGCCCGAUGCGGGGCUCGAUCCCAGGACCCUGGGAUCAUGACCUGAGCCGAAGGCAGACACUUAAUGACUGAGCCACCCAGGCGCCCCUAUUUUAUAACUUUUUAAUACCUUUUUUUUUAAAGAUUUUAUUUUUAAGUAAUCUCUACACACAACAUGGGGCUUGAACUCACAACUCCAAGAUCAAGAGUCACAUGCUCUACUGACUGAGUCAGUUAGGCUCCCCUAUUUUCUAAAUUUUUAAAUCUCCAACCUCAUAUGCAAAUAACAGAUAGAAUUUUUCAUUUGUUUCUCAAAACAGAUUGUAACUAUGUGUUUUAAUCUUCUUGAUUAAAGGGAGCAUGACUCAUGAUCAUCUGUAUAAAAAUGUGUCCUUAAUUUUGAUCAUUCUGGGUUUAUUUUGGCUAACAUAUAUGUAUCAAUGCAAUUAUGGCUUUAUUUUUCAGAGAUUAAUGGAGACUAAAGAACUGCACGAUUUUAGAUCUUUUGGACCAAACUAUAUCACAAAAGGCAAAUCCAUUAAAAAAAUAUGUCCCAUGCCAAAUGUCCAUGAUAGGAUUUAUAGAGAUUAAGUAUUUAUAUUUGAAUUUUACUUUAGAUGGACAGUAAUCCUGUGUUCUCCCUAAGACAGCAGUAUUUACUGAGUAAUUCUGUUUGAAAAUAGUAUUAAUUAUCACUCCAUUACUGAUUGGAAAAAAGUUAAUCAUACUAAGUAUAUUUUCAUAAUACUUUCACAAUAGUUAAAAUUCAGUAGUAGAACAAAUAAGAUCGUAUCUUUGAGGCUUAUAGCUUUAGUGCAGCUUUUAUGUGUGUUAUCCUCAACCUUGGACACAGGGUUCUACUGGUUCUUAUUGCAUUCUGACUCUGGGAUUCUUGGUUUAAGACUGAGAACUAGUCUUGUCAAAAACUGUGAUAAGUCAUGUUAGAACCUUGCUAUUUAUAGGUCUCCUAUGGAGUUGUUAUCAGAAAACAAAAACUGACAAAGCACCCCAAACAAAAACAAAACCCUAAAGUAACCAUGUAUUAUGUGAGACACAGGAAAUGUUUUGAUAUCUAUUCUUUGGUGUAAGUUUGUAUGUCCCAAUUCUACUUCUACUUGAAUUUUUUUUUUUUUUUUUUUUUUUUUGGUGUAGGUGACUAAUUUAACAAGUGAAACAAAUGCUUAUUGGUGCCAUUUAAAAAAAAAAAACAACCCAAUCUUGAGCCUUCUCUGCUGUAAAAACUAAGCUAUAAAUUCACAAGGUGGUGCCCUGGAGCCUGGAGAAACACUGUAUUUUCUUCCUCCUUUUUCCAUCAUUUUCAUUCCUAACUGGUUCUUGUGUGUGUGUGUGUGUGUGUGUGCUGCAUGCAUGUGCAUGUGUAUGUGUUUAUGUGUAUUUGAAAUCACAUGGCAUUGUAGUUUGAAGAUGGUGAACAAGACAGGGAAGGCAGGCUAGCCUCCCUGCCAGGCCUCACAGGUAACUGACAUGGCCAUUACUUUCUAAGGCUGGCCUUGAUUACUGGUUGAUCUAGCAAGGUGACUGGGUGCUAGAGAACUGGGUCACUAACCAACCUCCUAGAUACUGGUGUGUAAAUUCCACAAUGCUAGUUUUGAAAUUUGCAAUGAGAGGUAUCAGGCAUACUAGUUUCUCAUUUUUAUGGCUCAGUGUAUUUUCUCCAAAUAGGCAAGUCUACAAUCUACUAAAUUAUAAUCAGAAGGUUGCUUGAUGAGCAUUGAAUCAGCUCUCAGUGACCAAAAUCAGCAAGUUCUGGUAGUAUAAUGCAUUCAUCUUUCCCAAGGAAUAUAUUUGCCACUCAGACCAGAUGUUCUCAAUUCUCAGAGUAUCCUUUUUACUAGACUAGGCUGCAGACAGAUGGCCAGCUUUUGAUUUCUUGAUUUUUUUUCUUACAUAGUUACUAUAGAUGAUCUCCUUUGGCACAUUUUUUUCCAUUAGAGUUUAAUAAAAUGGCAUUCGUAUCUGUAAAAUAGCUCAGUGCCUGGCAUACAAUAAUUAAAUAACUAAUAUUGAUAAGUAUAAGUGGUGUUGAGUUCAGGUCACCUUGAUACCUGUAAUGUCAGACAGUAUUUUGGGCCAUUUCUUUAGAUAACUGAUCUCUUCCAUCUUUUACAUUUUGAGUUAUUUUCAUUCCUUAUUCUUUAGUUCUUUUAACUCCUUAAUUUCAUUUAUCCUUAAUGUUGAGUCCAUGAGCUAAUUAGGUCAGUCCUUUUUGGCUCUGAAUGAUUUUGUUACCAUUUUGUUUUUGAGACUGAUUCUUUUCAAAUUUCAGGUUUUUUGCUCCAAAAUACUGCAUUCCCCACAGUUUCCCAUCUGCAAUGUGAAUCUAUUGAAAGAGAUCAUCUUUAAGUUACUGUUCAGCUCUAGAAUAUAUAUAGGUUUAUAUCUUAUUUGAACAGAUGAUGUCAGUUACAGCCCUUUCCAUCUAAUCAUGCUUACCUUCAUUUCAAGCUCUGCUUAAAAUCUUUCUCAUAGAAUGUAAAGUUAUUUUGAAAAUGGUAGCAGGAUCUGGAUUCUUAGAAUAGCAGGAUGGCCAUGGAAUGGGGAGGCAAUGAUUGAAAACCCCAGAGGUUAUAGGUAUGAUGAUGGUGAAUUCAACAGUCAACAUUGAUAUUGCAGCUAUGACAAAUACACAUUUGGCAAAUCAAAACUUUUUGUAUGAAAAUGAGUACAGAAAGGAAAAAUUGAGAUGAGUCAGUUGGUCCCUCCAGCAACAAUGAGCAUUGUCAGCCUUUCCCUUUUCAUCCAUCCAGGGAUCAGUUAUUCCUUUAAGAGUGGCAAAACAGAUUUAGGAAAAGAGUAGAGACAUUGCCACAGCUCUUUCUGGUAUUUGUAAAAAUACAGAUUAUGGUGCAUUUUUGAAGCUGGUGGUCUCAGAACAACACUUACUGUUGUGGGAGUUCAGAAAAUGGAGAGAUCAUUUCAGACUGAGAUAUUCAGGGAAAGCUUGUUAGGAGUGGCUUUGGUCUGGGCCUUGAGGGAUGGGCAGUGUUUGAAUAGAUGAGGGAGAAAACAUUUUUGAUGGGUGAAAUGCUAAGAAUAAAAGCAUAGAGGUGAGAAAUAGUGUAUGUUAGGGGAGUGGAGAGUCCAGUAGUUUGGUGCAAAGUUUCUUAAACCAUGGUUCAUGAAAGAAUUGAGGCAGUGUUUCUGUCAAAUAUCACUUACUUCAGAAUUAGAAAAACUUGGAUGUUCAGCAUGCAACUGGAUGAGAUUAUUGAUGCCUCUCAGUGCAUCAAGCUUCACGUUUUCAUGUGCUCCCUGAUGUCAUCAAAGAAGAAUUCCAUUUUAGGAUACUUUUUGGAAAUUGGAAAGGCUGUCAACAUUUUCAGAACAAUUCUCUAAUAUUCAAAUGGAAGAAAAAAAAUGAUAGCACUCAGGGCAGAUGUGUGCUCGUCAUGUCAGGUACACAUCAUGGCUUUCCUGCUUUGAUGAGGGAAGGAUAGCCACACGUCACUGUGUCUCAUUACCCUCUGUAUCAGCUGCUGUCACCACCUUUCCAAGAGGUAUUACCAAGAAAGAGGAACAGAAUAGGAUGUUUUUCUCUACUAGACAGAAGUCUGCUGCCUUUCAAGAGGUCUUAAUUGAAUGUGAAAGCAGAGGAAAUAAUGUUACUUGACUCUAGCUUGAAGGGCUUGGAGGAAUUUAGUGUCCCAGUACAGAGGCUGCCUCAACCUGACAAAGCAUUCUGUGGAAUUCUGCUUUGGUUCUGUGUACCUUUGUGAGUCAAAGAUUUCAGUACUUGUUACCAUGGAGAAAAAAGUUGCAAUUGAUUAUCGAAGAAGAUGUAUGUGUUGCUAUGUCAAAGACCGUAUUGUAAUUUCAUCUCAAUAAGCCAAAUCUCGUUGAGAUUUACUACUGGGCAGUUAGAAGUUUUUAAAUUAAGUUUCUUCAGGAAGCCAUCAUUUUUCUUUUAUGAAAAAUAACAAUGUGGGGGAGGCAUAAUCCUUUAUAAAUAGUUUUUUUUAUAUAUUGCUUAUGUUCAGGAAAACAGUUUCCAGUGCAGUGAAAUAAAGAUGUGUUGUAUGUAUCUGUGUGCAUGUUUCUGGGGGAGAAGUCCGUGUCUUUAAUCAGAAUCUCAAACUGGUCUUUGACUCCCCCGAAAGGUUAAGAACUAAUAAUUUAGCUAGUGUGGAGACAAUGGGAUGCUAUGUAUGAAACUGAGCAAAGGAAUGACAGAAAACUAGAAAGCUCAUGUAAAGAAUGUGAGAAGGAAAGCUUUGGCAGGACUGAGGGGUGAUGCAGGGAUUCAGAUUAGCUCCAGGGUCUGGGUUAUUCUCUGAAGGUAAUUUUCUAGAUAGAGCUUCUCAAAUGUAGCAGCCCCCUGUUAUCUUCUUUGGUCUUAGUGUCUAAGCACAGUGCCUGAGACAGUAGGUACUCAAAACUGUCAAAUCAAAUUGUAUCACUGUGGAUAAUGAAAGUUGGACUACAGCACCCAAAAUAAAUGCUCUUCUGUUU